CCUACCUCACAGCUCUAAAUACAUUGAACCAAGCCUCCACCCACUAAGAGAAGCACUCUCCUCUCGCGCUCUGGCUUGUCGUUGCGUUCGCCGACGAGGACUGCUCAACUCGCAUUGCAGUCUCUCUCUCUUGAAGUUGCGUGUCACCUCACUGUCUCUGCCCGCAUGGUUGUCGUUGGUUUGAUCAGCAACAAUCAACACCGUAAAUAAUGGAGAAAAGGAACCAGGUGAAACAGGUGGAGGCCUUGGUAUGCCAGACAAAUAAUAUUAUUUGUUGGUUACUGUCCAAUGUCCAUAGAAUUAUGUGAUUUAUUGGAGUAUAUUGUUGUUGUAGGCAUGUAUUGUCAAUUCAUAUUUUUUUAUCAUAUCUUCAGAUUUCCAAUAGCUAACUAUUUGAAUUACAAGUUUUGGACCUGUCUAAUUGUUUAUCAGUUAAUACUGUGAAUGGGUUUCCCCUUCUAUUUUUUUUGCAUAUGCUAUAUACGUGAAGAAGUAGGGACAAGUGGUUUUUUCUUUUACUUAUUUCUUUUUGUUAGACCAUGGAAGAUAAUAAUUGUUUUUAAUGUUUGUUUAGAGACUUCGCUCAAAAUUUUGUAGGUGGUUCAUUAAUCAUAUAAACUUAUAGUUUUAUAUCUUGCAGACUUUUAUAGUGGACUACUUUUGAUUUCUUCUAAAGGUGACGUUUAUCUUUUAAGAUGGCUAGGAAAGGUCUAUACAAGAAAAAACCAAAAUUAGGACCAGGAUGUCAGCAAUCUCAAAUGGCUCUGCCUCCGGCUUCGGCUUCCCACUGCGAUGAGUCUCAAACUCUCCCGGACAGUGGUGAUAGUGUCCCUGCAACUUCACGCCCAUUCCUUCUACCGCGCAAUGUAUCAAUGCCUGCUCCACAGACAAGCACAAAUAGCGUUCAGAACUCAGAGUCAGGCCACGUAAACUUGGCAGCUAAUGCAAAUGAUGUAGAUUCUCUUGAUCAAGAAGCUGAUGACCCAUUUGUUGAGAUCAUCGAUACACAAAUAAGGUAUUAUACCUGGCUUAUAGAUUUCGACGGCACAAUCAAGCCAGCAAAACUAAGAGUGAGGGAGGCUGGAAUGGCCUAAUGGUAGAAAGAUCAUGCUUAGGUUCAACAACCCAAAGCAAGCAAUCGGAAACGAAGCUGGACUGUUGAGUGGCGUGCUUG